AUGUCGUGUCUGUCGUGUCUAACGUGCCGCAAUUGCGGAUUCGUCAAUAUCAUUCCUCUCCAGCCACAGCUACAGAAUACUACAGCCAUUCAAAGCUCCGAUAGCUUCGUUUCGCAAAUUCUACGCGGCUUACGGCCGUUGCUCGACUCUGAAUAUACCUUAUUCAAUGCUGAAAUUGUCAAGCUAAAACGGUUGCGGUCUUUGUAUGAUACUCAGCUCCAAGAGAUCGAGUUGCAUAGGCAUACAGUUUUGAAAGCCCUGGAAAGUCGCAAAUCGAUCUUUGCCCCCAUCCGUCGUCUCCCCCAAGAUCUUCUCAUCCAAAUCUUCCACUCCGUUAGCGACUCCUGGUGGCAGGAAACAAGAGGGAACUACCACCUCAAGCAAGAACGCCAUAGUCUAGAUGUAUCCGGGCCUCUUUGGGUUUUAGGUCGUGUCUGUGGGCUUUGGAGGGAUAUAUUGCACACCUUGCCGGCGUUAUGGGCUCAGAAUGUCGUGGUGAAAUAUCCUUUCUCCAAGCACGCCCACAAGAUAUUGCAGGCCCAUCUCGAGUAUUCAGGCGAACAACCCCUCACUAUACAGGCUACUUUUAGUGGGCGGCAUGAGCUGACAAGAGGGGAAGCGAUUAUGUCCUUACUCGUUCAAUCCUGCAAUCGCUGGAAGAAUGUGCGCAUUCGCAUCGUCCCGCAUCAUGCACAUCACCUCGAAUCUAUAGCAAACCUUCCCGUUUUGCAGACAUUUGGAUUAGAUUUCAUCCAAGACUACCGCUCCCGGUAUUGCUUGGACAUAUGCCUGAAAGCCCCGCAGUUGUGGCAAGCGUCUCUUCCCAGCCGUGGGAUCCAUCAAUUGAGGAUACCAUCCAGGAUAACCCAAUACUCCGGAUGUAUCACUUGUGCAGAAGAUUUGCGACUCCUCGCCGGCCUACCCAACCUCGAAACAUGUCACCUUCUGCCCUGGCGGGCAUCCGUAGUCCAUAUCAGUACACCAGCGGUGGUGGCUAAGCUUCGUUAUCUCUAUGUGAAUGAUCCAGACUCACUCGACUUCCUAACUGCACCUCUCCUCCAAAGUUUGACUAUAUCUCAAAUUCCGCUGGGGGGAUCAUUAACACCCGUCACUUCCUUCUUCCGUCGAUCGGGGUGCCAUCUCGAGAGUUUGAGUUUGAGUAUGUGCAUGCAAACGUGCUUGUUGAAUGACCCCGACUUGAACGAUAUGAUUAAUAUGCUCUCCUCGGAGGCAUGUUCUACGAUCUCUCGUCUUAAAAUUGAGCUCGGUAAAUACAUGCACAGAGUUACCAAGAUCCUCACUCAUCACUCUAGCCUGCCCAAUCUACGCCAUCUUAUUCUUUGUAACGUGACGAACAUAAAGAAUGAAGCGUGGAAUUCUAUACCCAAGAUGAUACGCUCCCGCCGUGAUGCAGGACUGGUAAAAAUCGUCGAACUGCGGUUUGCGGACGAUAAAUAUGAAGCCUCAAACGCCAAGUAUGCCACCACAGCCGAUAUCAGAGGACUGACUGGGGACAAUUUGGAGAUGCGGGUUGAGGAGUUGAACCCGCCAAGUGAAGAACACUUGUUGAUAUUUGACCACGUCAUCUUCUUUGAAUAA